GAUGGUUUACUCCUUCCACGACGGGUCAUUACCGCAAGUGUCCUGACGUGUCGUGUCGCUUCUGCAAUUUUUGUAUUUUUCAAACCUUGUGUAACCCUAACUACAUAUACUAUUCUGGGAUUUGAUUCAUUCCUAAUAUGUAGCUCCAGGUUCAUACGUUCUAGUUCAGCACCUGUACUUUAAGGUUCGGAAGUAUUUGGGACUCUUCCGCAACAGCUCCUAGCUGAUCAAAAUGAGUGAUGUAGAAAGUGAUCAAGGCAGUUAUGCUGGAAGCGCAUCUGGAAGAUCGGUACAGUCAGGAUCCAGAUCAAGGUCCCGUUCUGUGUCUAGGUCAAGAUCUAGAUCCAGGUCGCCGUCAAGGUCCAGAUCAAGAUCCAGAUCUAGAUCGAGGUCUAGAUCUCGAUCAAGAUCAAGGUCAAGGUCACGUUCCAGAUCUCGAUCGAGGUCAGGAAGUGGGUCAGAAGAAGAAGAGGAUGAAAGGGAUGAAGAGGAAGAAGAAGAUGAUGAAGAGUACGAAGAUGAGGAAGAGGACAGAAGAGGGAAGAAAAAACGGAAAAAUGACAGAUUUGGCGGUUUUAUCAUUGACGAAGCUGAAGUUGAUGACGAGGUAGAAGAUGAAGACGAGUGGGAAGAUGGAGCACAAGAAAUUGGCAUUGUCGCCAAUGAAAUCGACGAACUGGGACCCACUGCAAGAGAAAUUGAAGGGCGUCGACGAGGAACCAAUCUUUGGGAUUCCCAAAAAGAAGAUGAAAUAGAAAAAUAUCUACGUCAAAAAUAUGCGGAUGAAUCCCUGGCUGCACGACAUUUCGGUGAUGGAGGUGAGGACAUGUCAGAUGAAAUCACACAGCAAACCCUCUUGCCUGGUGUCAAAGACCCAAAUCUAUGGAUGGUCAAAUGUCGAAUUGGAGAGGAGAAGAACACCGCUCUCCUUCUGAUGAGGAAAUUUUUGACGUAUCAAAACACCAAUGAACCCCUGCAAAUCAAGUCAGUUGUAGCACCAGAAGGCGUGAAGGGUUACAUCUACAUCGAGGCGUACAAGCAACCUCACGUUAAAGCCGCCAUUGAGAACGUCGGUAAUCUGAGAAUGGGAUACUGGAAGCAACAGAUGGUGCCAAUCAAAGAAAUGACGGAUGUGAUGCGAGUUUGCAAGGUUCAAACAGGUCUCAGGCCUAAGCAGUGGGUGCGCUUGAAGAGAGGUAUUUACAAAGAUGACAUUGCUCAAGUUGAUUACGUGGAUCUGUCUCAAAAUCAAGUUCAUCUCAAAUUGUUGCCAAGGAUCGACUACACCAAGCUUCGAGGAGCAUUGCGAGUGCCUAAUGAUGACAAAGAAAAUUUGAAAAGGAAAAAGAAACGGAUUCCUCCGGCCAAACCUUUUGACCCUGAAGCAAUUCGUUCUAUUGGAGGUGAAGUAGCAAGUGAUGGUGACUUUUUGAUUUUCGAGGGGAAUCGUUACAGCAGAAAAGGAUUUUUGUACAAGAGUUUUGCAAUGAGUGCUAUUAUUGCUGAUGGGGUCAAACCUACUCUCUCCGAAUUGGAGAAGUUUGAAGAAGCACCAGAAGGGUUGGAUAUUGAAAUUCCAGUAUCUAGUAAGG